AUGGCUUUGACGACGUCCUUCUCCGGGAUUAGCCUUUGCCCUCCUCGGCCGCUCCUGCCCGCCUGCUCUGGCCGGGGCGCCGCUGCCGCGCUUCGCUUCCCCGGCGGCUCAAAGCCGCUCGGGAGGAUCCGGCUCAAGAGGGAGCAUCGCGGCGGCGCCGGGAGGCUCACGGGGAGCCCGUCGUCCGUGCCGCUCGUCGUGCGGCUGGGCGCGGGACGGCUCAAGGACAGUGGCUGUGGUGGUGGGUCACCGUCGGUCGGAGUGUGGGGUUGGUCGUCGGAGCUCCGGCGAGAGGUAACAAUCAACGGACCAGCAGCCGUAGAGCAGCAACCGCCUCUGGUGCAGGAGGGCCGGCGUUCGGAUCGGGACCUGCUGUCGUCAGGGGAGCCCGGCGUCGUUGGGGGCUGCAGGGGACGGACACCAGGCAGACGCGGACGAGCUGAGGGCGGAGUCGCAACAGGGGCGGCGGCUUCUGGCAGUCACGGACCUGCUAGCGACGGGAACGACGGCAGGGCGUCGCGGGUCGGACAAGGAAGCACGGCAGCAGUGAUGGGCGUCGGCGCCGGGUCGUGGCUAGCGGCUCAGGCGGCAGGAUUCGGCGCAGCUCCUGCAGCGUCGGCAAAGGAGAUCGGAGGCGGAGGCACGGCGGAGCUGUCGGACGCUGGGCUAGGCAGAUCGCGGUCAGAUCAGGGCGGCAGCGGCGUCGUAGGGCGGAAGUGGAGCGGCUACGCGGGUGCAGUGGAUGGCGGUGGUCGCGCGGUGAAGCGGGGCUCAGAUUGUGCUAAUGCUUGA